AUGGGUGCUGCAGGACCGAACCCCGGGCUGGGGCCGAAACGAGCGACUGAUCCGAAGCCGGGACUCGCUGCUGCUGAGCCGGUCGGGAGCGGCAAAGUGGCCGGGAGGGCAGUGGCUGCAGGAAGCGGCGUCGGUGGCGUUAUUCCGGGAGGAAUUAUGCUCGGCGGCAGCGUCGGCAGGGGUAUUGUGGAGGGAGGCAACAAGGGCACUCCGCCCAUGAUCGUGGGCGGCGGAACGACAUUUGGGGCUGGAACAAAGGGCCGGACGACAUUUGGCCGCACGAUUGCGGGGAAUCUCGGCAAACCCGCACCCAUGAAAGGUAAUCCUGCACUCCUCGUCAUGUCAGCAUGCGCGGGUGGCACGAAGUCCGGGGACCGUAUCAACUCUGUAAAAGGAUAA